AUGGGUACUAAAAAGAAGCCGAAAGACACCUCUUUGGAGAUGAGGACAUCUGAAAGCGACCUCGGUUUAAAGUUGUGUGAAGAUUGCCUUAGCUGCAAUAGACUGGCCCAAAUUCUUAAGGAGAAUUUGCUUUGUGAAAGUUCCGUUCCAGUAGUUGAGGUACUAAGUGCAGAAAUUAAAACCUCAACUCAGUCUAUGAUAUCAAGGAUGAAUUUUCUUGAAGAGGCUAUUGACAACAUUAACAACUUCAGCAACAUCAACAACUUCAACAACAUCAACAACAUUAACAACAUUAAAAACAUCAACAACAUUAGCAACAUCAACAACAUCAACAACAUUACCAGCAUUAACAUCAACUAG